UCAAAUAAUACAGCUCAAUUUCAUCUUCCAGUAAUAACUUCCGAUUUUUCUACGUCACUCUCUCUAUCAUCAGAACAAAUAUAAAAAUAAAUAUGGGCCUAGGCCCAAGUAAUAGAACCGAUUCAUGAACAGAUCCUUUGUUUCGUAUCUCAAAUCCAAAAUCAGAUCUUCGCCAGCCACCGGAUUUUAUAUUCCGCCUAAACCCGCUGCUUCUCCUCUUCCCCGAUUCUCUUCCUCCAGAUAUCGAGUGUGAUUUGUUCAAGGGACGUUGGGUUCUAGACAGAAGAUCUUUGUACAUGAACUCAAGCUGUUCUGCGAUUCCUGACUUGAAGAACUGCAUAAAACUAGGGACACCCGAUACAGAUUUUUUAAACUGGAAAUGGAAACCUGAUGGUUACGAUCUUCCGAGGUUUAAUCCCAAGGGGUUUCUCAGUAUGGUUCAAGGGAAGAAAAUGCGUUUUAUUGGUGAUUCUGUAGCUGAGAACCAUAUGAAAUCUCUUAUUUGCUUGUUGUCAAUGGUAAGUCACUAAGAAAGAGUUUUCUAAUUCCGCUGUUGUUAAGUAGAAGAACCCUAAACAGUGAAUUUUUUUAAUUGUUUUGAUGCCGAAACGCAUGGCUGACCGAAGAAGAAAUUAUUGAAUUAAUGACUAUAAUGGUGGAUUUCGUGGCUUCUUCUCCGAUAACUCUGAAGACAAUGGUGGUGAAGGAAGAUGAAGCUCAUCAUCCUUACGCGUUCCAUGUUUCAGGACCGAGCAAUGUAGCUUCUCCUAAUUGGGGAGACCUCAUCAACUCCAGUUGGAAGGAUCCCAACUACAAGAGAACAAUUAUGGGAUGCAUUAUUCAAACAGCCUAUUUACUUGAACUCGACAGACAAGAGAAUAGAAUCGAGCAAAAUGCUCAUGCCGGUUUAACGUUGCUCUCGAGUUAUGGGAGCAGUAAUGUUUGUAUAGAGGCUAAUUCAAUAAGAGCUGGUAAAGCCUUGACUAAAGAAGGGCUAUUUGGGAUACUCAUUUGAUCCACCUUCUAAUCUUCUAUAGCCUCGAUCGUCUGCAAGACGCAGUGAGAGCGACGACGAAGACAAAAAUAUAACGGUGAAGUUGACUACGGCCGCUGAAAAUGUUCAUUGGUGACGUCGUUAGUUAUCUGUUGUAGUCGCUGUUUUAAUUGCCGACAAAGAAUUAAGCCUUCCACAUCGCCGUAAUCAACAUCGAGCGACACCUUCUCCACAUACUUGAGUCUUAAGCAACAAUUAUUUUUAGUUUUUUGGCCGCUUCCCUGGUGUGGCUUUCACAUUUGCAGAGAUUUACAUUUUGUAUUGGGAUGAAAGAAUAAAGCAUUCGUGGUUUGUUUGAAUUGCUAUUAUUGUUUUCAAUCAUUCUUGUUUAAUUCUUUUUUAUCGUU